CAGCUGAUCGCUCCCGCUGCACUGCGCGGCUGCACUUCCUUUGUUGCACUUCCAAAUGACUCGCAACGUGUACGGACUCGCGUGUAUUCUUGUUUCGUCCUAAUUUCUGAAUGCUUAAGAAAAACUCCCUUCUUUAAUUACACAUCUAUAUUUUUUCUUUCCGCAGCGCUAGAAUAUAAUUAUGUAAUUUAACGCGUUGGAACAAACUGCGGGGAUUGAAAGAGAGUGUGUUUUACCGUGGUUGGACUUAACCUAAAAUGCAUUCACGUUUGACUACAUCAUAGAACCCUCGUGGAGAGGGUUAGGUUAGACUGAAGACGCCAAUUGAGCGAUACAAUCGAAAAACUUGUCUCCGGACAUUUCCGGGCAGGUCGACAACACGUGUCUCACGUAAGACGAAAAAAACAAAAACUUGAAGACGCAAAUUCAUCACUCAGAAGUUGGAGCAACACAUCAAAAACUCUCCUUCACGUUGCAUCGGUGAAAGAGGAGUCAAGCAGACGUUUUGCGUUCUUUCGAAUUUACUUAAAGAUAUUUAGCGUUAUCGCAAUCAUGUCGGCGACGCUGUCUGACGACGAUAAACUGGCUUUACCGCAAAAGAAAUUUUAUAGACAACGCGCGCAUUCGAAUCCCAUUGCCGACCACUGCUUCGAAUAUCCGAGAAAACCGGAGUUGAUGGAUUGGAGCACCUUUUAUCCACAGCACUUUCGAAGCGACGCCGAGCAAACGCCGGAGAAACGUGUGGAAUUCGCGGAUAUUGGCUGUGGCUAUGGAGGAUUACUAGUUACCUUAUCUCCGAUGUUCCCGGACAGUCUGAUACUCGGCAUGGAAAUCCGAGUAAAAGUAUCGGACUACACCGUAGAUCGCAUCAAUGCCUUACGGUCGCAGAAUCCUGGCCAAUACCAGAACAUCGCAUGCCUAAGAACAAACGCCAUGAAAUAUCUGCCAAAUUAUUUCAGGAAGGGACAGCUGAAGAAGAUGUUCUUCCUGUAUCCAGAUCCACACUUCAAAAAAUCGAAGGUUAAAUGGCGAAUAAUAAAUAAGUCGCUGCUGGCAGAAUAUGCUUAUGUUUUAGCCGAGGGGGCUAUAAUAUAUACGAUAACAGAUGUGGAAGAUCUACACAAAUGGAUAGUUAAACAUUUCCAAGAACAUCCACUUUUUGAAGAGGUUGCUAAGCAAGAUUUGGCGGAGGAUCCUGUAGUUGAAAAAUUAUAUGAGAGCACUGAGGAAGGCAAGAAAGUCACCAGGAAUAAAGGAGAUAAAUUUCUGGCCGUGUUCAGGAGGAUCGCGGAUCCAUAUAUUACAAUGAAUACCUAGUACCGGUAGUCACAUGUAA